UUGAUGUAAAGGUUUAGGUAGUUGGGCUUCAAACGGUGAGUCGACAACUUGGAAGGAGCGUCAAACUUAGCUCCGGUUCUCACAAGCUCCUAUCUCACGCCUCCACGAGUCAUAUGAUACAAUAGACUACCAGUUAAAACAUGGACACAACUGGUUGGCGUUGCCUGGGCAAUGUUGUCAUCCGACAAUAGCUAAGUGAGAAGGUGCGACGCGAUCGUUGGCGCGGUAACCAUAUCUCGGCGGUAGAGGAAAUGCUUCGCCAACCCGAGCGUCUGUCCACCAAGAUGGUGCGGCUCAAAACAGCGUCUGAUCUCCAUGUUAGGAGCGGCUGAUCAACGUCCUGGUGUCAGCGUGGGACUCUAAUCAGAGCUGACACGAUGGUCCUCCGGCGAGACAGGGGGUUGGGGAAGGCCCAACAAGCCGCCCCGAAAAACAACAAAUGUUGCAAAUAUCGAAGAAGUCAAUACGGGACGACUUCUUCGAACAGCAAGGGACACUUCGGCCUGGAGCUGAUUGGUAAGGUUAGAUGUUCGGCACCGCCCUGGGCAAUAGUGACGCUGGAGGGAAGCAUGCUCAAUUUCUCGUCAUUGCGGGUUGGCAACUCUAGAUGCAGCGCUUCUUCAGCAAGAUACUCUAUUACAGCCACCAGAUCAACCGGUACUCCAGCACCAACGCGCAUAAUUUCCAUUACACAGCAGACGAUGAAUCCGAUCUACCACGAAUCAAAACCCAGCACGAGAUGAAUGAGACUUUGCCUCUUUUGUCAUGAUUAAACAAUAUAACUUGCAAAUUAGAUUGAACUCAGCAGCGAUGUUGACGAUUAACAAAGCUACUACCUGUGUGAUUAUGAUAAAAAACGCAUGUAAUUGUCUUAAAUACCUACGGGGAGGACUAAUGCAAUAUGGAGGCGACGUGACGUGGGUGAUAGAACGAGAGAGUUAGAGAAAGAAUAAUUGGAGUAAUUUAUUCUCUAUUCAAAAAGAUACCAACGAUGCCAAUUUUGCCGUUUCACUCUAUUUUCGAUUUUUUUGCAUGUCUCCCUACUAAAGUUAGACGUAAUGCUACGUCAAAAUCUCCUGGCAUCCGUCAAUUUUUUAGCAGGAAAGUACGUGAGUUGAAAAAUUUAAAGUAAGUAGAAUCGAAAUAAAAUCUAAAGUUAUAAUCAGAAAUAAUUGUUGCUAGGUUAAGGCAUUGUCUCAGAUUUCUGUUUCAGUGUUCAUUAUUUAUAAAUUAGCUUAACUUCAGUCGGUAAGUCGACAUUUUUGUUUUCUUCAAGUUCGCAAGUUAUAACCUGAGUUAAUUCAUUGUAACUUAUACUGAAAGUAAUCAUAGAGGUAAAUAUUCAUGUAGAAUCAAUACAAAAUAAGACAAAAUGUGAACAAUGUAAAAUCUAAAGGUUAACCCAUGUUAAGAUAAAUCUCACUGUAUGUAUUUUUAUUUGUCAUGAUACACAUUUUAUGAAAAUUUAUUCCCCCUACCGUCAAUUACGUAAGCCAGUAAUUCUUUGAAUCAUUUGUUCAA